GCGUUUUCUCCCUCUUAGUCUGAACUUUAACAAAGCGCGCGCGGGCGUGACUUUAGGAUCAAAACCCGCUUUUUCAAUAAUUAGAUUCCGACUAUAGCACUUCUUGAGAGCAGUAGCUUGGAGAUGAUUUUGGCUUAUCGUCAUCCUUCCCCGCUAUUCCAACCCAACCUACAUACGAUUUCAAGAAUCAACCAAAAAUCACCGAAAAGAUUGCAGAUUCUGAGUGCGCAGAAGAGGUGCUUGAGGUGCAACACGCUUUAUGAAGAUAGGGAUAACUUCCCUACUGCUUGCGCUUUCCAUGGCCACGCCACGGGUGAGAAGGGAUUAUUUGCAUUUGCCCCACCUCACCAAGGAAUUGAUGGAGAAUGGAGUGAUGGAUCCGGUGUAAUUGUGUACAAAUGGAACGAGAAAGAUAACAGGCCCAACACCGGCAGAGCCAACUGGAAGAAGAGAUGGAGCUGUUGUGCUGAGUAUGAUGAGAACGCUCCACCUUGCCAACGAGGGUGGCACGUUUCCUACGAUGAUGGUUUCACCCUGUAUUGAGCAUCCUUGUAUAGCGUCGCAUACAUCAUUUUCUUGCUUAUUAUCUCCAUUAGAUUAUGUUAAGCAUUUUUAGUUCCUUAUUGUCUAUAGACAAAAAACUGACUGCUACAUAUGAAUGUAAAGUGCUAUGUACUCCACCAUAUGUCUCAAUAUGAAAAUAUUAUGAUUGCUAGAAGUCUAAAAGUCCCGAAAACAAAGAAUAUUUUGUGUGCUCGUGGAAAGAAAUAGUGGAUCUUGACUGUAAUCAAAACAACAAACCAGGAUAAACAUAUACUAUGAUCAAAUAAACUGUAAUUGAAACAACAAACCAGGAAACAAACAUAUUCUAUGAUCGAAUAAACAUAAACAUCAUGGUACUAAAGCAAACAUAAUUACCAGUUCAACCUGUUUCAGCAGAAACAUAUACCAACUUGAAGUGUUUGAAUUUAGCUCACUGCUACAAACAUACAACUCGGAGUAACUAUAUUUUCUCAUCACAAGAUCAU